CUUCUCGAAUUUACUAGUGACGUAAUGUUAAAAACACGGAUAAACAAAGCGAGUCUCUAGGCCACGACGAAUCCAUUGUUUCCUCUGGGCGCGGCGGUACUUGUCACGUUUCGCUGUCGUUAUUCUAUCGGGUGUCAAAUUAGAUCCAAUACCGGAAACUAUAAGCUUUCUACGAUAAAAUGUCCAAAUUCAAACUGCAGAGGGAUAAGAACUGGCGUUUUUCUCUUCCAAACUCACGUAUCGUCUUUCAGGGUCUUUCAUUCCGUCGACUUCUUAGCAACCAUCAGUUCUGCAUAAUGUCUCGAAUAGCCUACAGUAGAUCUUACAUUCGGUUUCUCAUAUUUAUUAUCGUUUGAACACUGUUUUCAUCAUCACACAUCACGCACAGACAAAUACAAGUGUGAGCUCUACGUGGUAUGAAUUCUAAACGUGAAAUUUACGAUACGGGCCGCAUUAAACGACCUUGGCUUUUCAGUAUUAUCAGUAACCCGUGUGUUAUCAAGACUCAUUGGUUUACUCUUUCAAUUUAAAUUUCGAACUAAGCCUUGCAGGCAUGUAGACAAAAGGUUCAGCGGGAACCGGAAAUAAUACUUAGGAGAAACGGAAAUGUGACGUUAAUGUAUGUGUGUGAAUCUACGUCAUCAUGGCUUGGACUUUGAAUGUGUGUGGAACUCGUGUUAACAGCCUUUGUGCAACGACUGGUGGUAUAUAGAAAUAUAACACGUGCAAGCAGAUAAUGGUAUUAUUAUUAUGGUGUCAGCACGUUGUUAAUAAAAAAAUAGUUGUACGGUAUCAUCUGAACAUGAAAUAUUUGUUUUCAAGCCGAGAUGGGAAAGGCGCGAAAAAUCAACUUCCGGUUGACGCGCGUGUUAUACUUGUAUUUUGGCGGGAAACAAGCCGGCAUCAUCUUGUUUCGAAAAGGAAGAGGACAAAGAGGGAUUUUUUUAUCUUCUCGGGCAUAUUUACACCCUCCUGCGUUGUAUUUUUAGAUCCGAACAUUUUUGCAUGCAGUUAUUUAAGGGGAGUUGUUCUUUUCUUCUUUAUUCUUCUUCUUGAGAAUGUCAAUCAGUGUUCCUGGAUCUGCGGGAUCCCGACGAAGCGGUUAUUUUCAAAAUUCAAAGCAACCUAGUUCCAACAUCACUCCGUCGAAUACCGCAAGGAACAGAGCUUUCAAUUCAGGGAACCAAGAAGGCUCAACUUGGUCUUCAUUUGUGACUGGGAAAGCUUCCACUUCAAAAAGACCUCUUUCAUGUUCGACUAGUGCACCAGGGUCAUCCAGAAAGAGGACGCUUGCUUAUUCCUCUUCUUCUGUGCCGUCUAAAGCGAGUUCUCCAUCCUCCUGUACAGACAAAGAGGAGACAGAUGAAAGCAUUUGUGAAGAAGAUAUCACUUCUCAUAGGGAAAACAUUGCGUUUGACGAGAGCGAUGAAGAAACAAAUAUUAAGACAAUAAUGUGCACCGUAUGGAGUGGAAGCAAGCUUGGGGUAGCAUACUAUGAUACUUUUUCUUCCAAAUUGCACUUAAUGAUGGAUAUUGUAGAGACAAGUGACUUCCAGUUUCUCAAGCGAGUGCAAGAACAGAUAAACCCAGAUAUCAUUGUCACUAGCUCUAAACAAGAAGAGAGAUUUAUAGCUGUUUUACAAGGCAAAGAAGGGGAGAACAAUGAUGAACAACUGUGUCAACAAACAGAUGUGGAAGUACUUCCUGCCAUUGACUUUACUGUGGAUGCUUGCAAGAGGAGGAUCAUAGCAUUAAAUGGUCUUCCUGGAAUGCCACAGCACUUUACAGACAUGGAGCGGACAAUAUACAUGACCUCACUAGUGCCAUUUGAUAAUGUCAAUAUGGUUCGUGCAGCAGGGGCUUUGUUGAAGUAUUUGGAGAAGAAGCGAUUUGGACAGGAGCUUGAAGACCCUGAUGUACAUGUACCAAUACUAGACCUUGUGGUCUUUUCUAUUGAUGACAUGGUCAUUGUGGACGAUAACACCUAUAGUGCUCUUCAGAUCUUCCAAAAGGAAUCCCACCCCUCUGUGUACAAGUCUGGGACCAGCUCUAAGGAAGGUCUUUCUCUAUUCGGUGUACUAAACAGGACUCGCUCAGCGCUAGGAAGCAGAUUACUAAGAAUGUGGUUUCUUCGCCCUACUCGUGACAUACUGGUUCUCACCGAGAGGCAAAAGGCGAUCACAUUUUUCACUACACCCCGGAAUAUAGAUCUUAUUGCAUCCCUUCAAGACUGCCUAAAAAAUGUAAAGAAUGUAUCGCGUAUACUUGUCAGGAUGAAAACAGCUCAAGCUUCAAUAACAGACUGGCAAGCUCUAUACAAGACUGUCUAUAACGCUAUGUACAUCGCCGAUCUGUGCAGAACAAUCCCCUCGGAGAUCGCCAUAGCGAAAAAGAUUACUGUUCUUGUUACGCAAGACCUUCACAACAUCGCCAGUCUGAUCAAUACUAUUAUUGACUUUGAUGACUCAACGGAGCAGAACCGGUUCGUUGUCAAACCUGGAGUUGACCCCGCCCUGGAUGAACGUAAAAGAACGUACAACGGUCUUCCUGACUUCAUGACAAAAGUCGCACGCAAGGAGCUCAAUAAACUCAAUCCAUCUAUUGUUGAAUGCAAUGUCAUCUACUUACCACAGCUGGGAUACCUUUUAGCUGUUCCGCGUACCACUGAGAUGAAGGAGGAAAAGGAUUUUGAGAUGGAUGGAUUAGACUUUGUGUUUCUUUCGAACAACAUGGUGUAUUACAAGAGCGCAAGCACAAGAGAACUCGACUCUCUCCUGGGUGAUACGCAGUGCGAGAUAACAGAUCACGAGACAGCGAUAAUGCAUCGACUGCAAAGCACCAUCCUAGAGCGCACAAAGGUCUUGCUGGAUGUCAUGGAAUGCACUGCUGAGCUCGACUGCCUGAUCUCUCUAGCAGUGUCUGCCCGCGAGAAUAAUUACGUUUGUCCGGAGAUAACUACAAAAUCCAUCCUGCAUAUUACUGGAGGAAUGCAUCCGUUACAAGAGCUUUGCGUGAGCCAGUUUGUACCGAACGAUACUGCAAUCAAUGAGGACAGUGGUAGGGUGGUAAUACUAACGGGACCCAACGCCAGUGGAAAAAGUGUCUACUUGAAGCAAGUAGGACUGAUCGUUUUCCUGGCGCAUAUCGGCAGCUUUGUUCCUGCUGAAUCAGCAAUCAUCGGAGUCACAGACCGCCUGUUUACCCGAAUACACACGCGUGAGACCGUUUCUGUCGGAUUAUCUACCUUCAUGAUUGACCUUAAUCAGGUUGCCUCAGCCAUUCAGUCUGCCACUGAUAAGUCACUCGUGCUAAUAGAUGAAUUUGGCAAAGGCACUGCUACAGUAGAUGGGCUUUCAUUGUUAUGUGCAACUUUGCGCCAUUGGCUGGCCUCUAGCAGCAAGUGCCCAAAGACACUUGUUUCAACGCACUUCCACAGCCUCAUCAGACAAAAGCUUCUUCCGGAUAUCCCCAUUUUGAGGUUUCAGACUACUGAGGUGAUUCAAGACGGCAAAGAGUUGGUUUUCCUGUACCACUUGGUAGAUGGACACGCAAAGACUAGCUAUGCUUCACACAUUGCCGCGCUUGCAGGAAUGCCGGAACACCUGGUCAAGAGAGGGACAGAGGUGUCGGAGCUUGUGCGAUGCAACGAGCCAGUUCAAAGGAUUGACAGUAUAAGCUCUGAAACACAGCAAAAGAGGUUUGCCGCCAUCGUUAAUGGCUUCCUUUCUCUGGAUCUCGAGAGAGACAACCUCCAUGGGUUUCUCGCAGAUUUUGUCACUCCUGUCAGCGAAGAACGAUGAUGUCAUCACCCAUUGGUCACCAAGCCCCACCCCGAGUGGGGCUUUUUCAUUAAAAAAACAAAACAAUAAUAAAAAAAAAAUUGAAAAGCUCAUAUUUUUCAUUUUUUUUAUUUUUCAUUAAAAAAAAAAACAAUAAUAAAAAAAUUGAAAAGCUCAUAUUAUAGAGGUUUAACGGGAAAAUUUUGGGGGGGAAAGCUCAUAUUAUAGAGGUUCCACGGGUUUAUUUGUUUAUUUUUUAUUCCAUCGAACAGCAAUGAUUUCAUUAGGAAAAUGUAAAUUGAUUGUGACUAUUUUAAAGAUGAUGACGAGGAACUAGGAUAACAUUCUGAAUCUACUUAUAAUCAGCGUACCUCUGUAACUUACAGCUAGAUUAGUGAUUAAACCAUACAGAAUACUAAAAA